UGAAAGCUUCAAUGAAGAAGAGAAAGAAACUGUGGAGAAGAUUGAGAAGCUGUUGGGAGAAAACCACUUUGAGAAAACCUGGAUUCUCUUCACCAAAGGAGACGAACUGAAGGAAGAAAACAUGACAAUAGAAGAAUUCCUUGAUGAGUUUGAACCCUUAAAGAAACUUGUUGAGAAAUAUGAUCAGAGAUUCCAUGUGUUCAAUAACAAGAUAAAAAGUGACCAAUGUAGAAUCCUGCUUACAAAAUGAUCCAGAGAUCAUUCGGGUUAAAGGCAACAGUUGGAGGGAGGCUGCAGAGAAGGAUUCCUGCCAUCAGAGAAAAUACCUCGUUCAGAAGAAUUGUUCUUAUGGGUAAAACUGGUGCUGGGAAAAGUGCAGCUGGAAACACAAUAUUGGGACAGAAAGAGUUUGAAUCUGAGUUGAAUAUGUCUUCAGUAUCACGUCAAUGUUUAGAGAAACACACCACUGUUUCAGGCAGGACAUUGUCUGUAGUUGAUACUCCUGGAUUUUUUGACACAGAGAUGAAACCUGAGCAGUUAAUGAAAGAGAUAGGCAAUUGUGUUUAUUUAUCCAGUCCUGGACCUCAUGCUUUUCUCAUUGUGUUUCCUGUGAAUCACAGAUUCACUGAUCAGGAGAUGCAGAUUGUUGACCUUAUUGAAACAUUUUUUGGAGAGGAGGUGUCAACAUACUCCAUUAUUCUCUUCACUUAUGGAGAUCUGCUAAAAGGACAGUCCCUAGAGAAGAACAUUGAGCAGAACAGUAGAUUAAGACAUCUAGUUCAAAAAUGUGGAGGCAGAUUUCACAUCUUCAACAAUGAAGAUCAGAAUAACAGAGAGCAGGUGAAUGAUCUCCUGCAGAUGAUUGACAGAAUGACAGAGCAGAAUGGUGGAUACUACAGCAAUCAGAUGUUAGAAGAUGCUCAGAAAUUUAGAGAAGAGCAAGAAAAGAGGAAACAGAGAGACAGAGAGCGGGGAAAACUAAUGGCAACAGAAAAUGAAGAUGAAUUAAAAAAAUUUGUUACUAUGUAUAUAGGUAGGUUCAUUUUUCCAGCUUUUGCAUUAAAUGGUUUAGAAAAAACUGCUGUUGCUGUGGGAGUGGGAACAGCUGUUGGUGCAAUAAUUGGCACAGUUGGUGGGCCUGUUGGAGUAGUUCUUGGUGGAGCCGUUGGUGCAGCUGUUGGUGGAGUUGUUAGUGGAGCUGCUAAUAAUGUUGUUGGGGCUGCUGUUAGUACUUUUGGUGCUGUUAGAUCUUUUUUGAGCCGUAUGAAAUGGUGAUUGGUUUACAGGGUUCAAAAUCAUGUUCUGACAGAGAUUGCCCACACAUCAGCCCAACCCUCCACUCCUGAUCCAUGCUCCUCCAUGUAUAUAUUUGUAUAUAUUUCACUAUAGUUACAUAGUUUAAAAAUUCAGGAUCACAUUUCCACAAGUAAAAAACAAAAACAAAAAAACAAAUAGAAGGAACCUAAAACUAAAACACAUUAUCUAUCUUUUCAUGAUGAAAACAUUUUUACUGAAUCAAUAUCUGACCACAAACUGAACCUCAAGAUAUUGUUACCUUCAUUUAAGAUAAAAGAAAAAUAGCUAAAAGCUGACAUAUACUAACUGAAGCAUGUCUACUGAAUGUUUCCAUGGUUAUAUGUUUCCAAUUAAAUUAUUAUAUGAAAUUAUAAUUAAAUAUUCAGCUAACAAAUAUUAAAGCUGCAAUAUGUAAAUUUUCACCACUAGAGGUCACCUAUUCAAAACAAAGGCAUAGCUUGACGACACCGAGUUUGAGUGCAGAAUCAUGGGAGAUAUCGUCUUCACCUCACAGCCGGUGGAAAAGAAUCCGAUGGGACUCGGGCAGAAAUCAUGUUCAUGGAUGAGAUUGUUAACGUUACUGUACGAAGCAGAGCGGCUGGACUUUUAUUAUGCCACAGUCGCCGCUUCCGCUUCUUCCAGUCAUGAGUAUGAGGUAACGCAGCGCUGUUUAUCAUAUUAGAUACAUUUGACUGUGUUGAAAAUGAUGUUAUAACGUUACUCUGUGCGUUCGCUCGGCGGCUGCUGUGAGACACUGUUACUCACUGCAGUAAGAUUUUACAAUAUCAUAUUAAAUGCUGGAUGGCUUGUGUUGAUAAAUGGCAUGCAAUUAAUUUUAAAGAGUAUGAAAAUUCUGUAUUACUGUUACUAAAAAUAAAGCUGCAUCUGAUUAUGCUAUGUUAGCUACUUGACAAAAUAGUGUUUUUCUCUGAGGCAUGGUAAAGCAUGGUAUUCACAAAAAAAUUAAGAAAAUUAUAUUUAAACAAUAAGACUAAACGUGUUGAGCUAUAUAACAAUUAGUUUUCUGUCUAUAAAUGUAUCAAAACAGUUGUUUCCUUGUCUAAUAAAGCAUGUAAAUAUUAAAGCA